AUGUCUUUGCGUAAAGCUGAAAACAGUUUUGGAGUUUCAAGGAAGACAUUGAAAAGGCAAUUGCAGGGCAAAGUAAGACAAAUUGUGAGCAAUAAAUUAGGAAAUCAUGUGAAUACUUUUUCUAUUGAAAUUGAACAAGAUCUUGUUAAACACAUCCAAAUGAUGGAAAGAGCAUUAUUUGAAUUAACUACGACGGAUAUCCGGCGGCUAGCGUUUGAUAUGGCCGAGCGACUUCACUUGAAGCAUUCAUUUAAUAAUUCCUCCAGGCAAGCUGGCAAGGACUGGCUUAGUGGUUUUUUGAAACGUCAUCCAGAAUUAACAAUUAGAGUUCCAGAGGCAACUAGUAUGAAUCGAGCAGUUGGAUUUAAUCGACCAAAAGUAGACCAGUUCUUUACCGUUUACGAAGAUAUACUUACAAAGAAUGCGUACGAACCUCAGUCAAUAUGGAAUAUGGAUGAAACUGGCAUCACAAAUGUUCAAAAGCCAGGAAAAGUGCUUGCCACAAAAGAUGUUAGACAAGUCGGUAAAAUAACUAGUGCGGAAAGAGGCACAACUGUUACAGUUAUAUGUGCAAUGAAUGCGAGUGGAUCGUACAUUCCUCCGAUGCUAAUUUUUCCUCGAAAAAGACUCAUAGAUCAAUUAAUGAAAGGUGCUCCUCCUGGCAGCAUUGGUGGAGCAAGUGCAUCUGGUUGGACAGAUUCGACUUUAUUUCUUAAAUGGCUGGAGCACUUUGCUCUUCAUACAUCAGCAAGUAUUUCAAAUCUCAAACUUCUAAUUGUAGACGGGCAUCACAGCCAUAAGACUCUUGAAGCAAUUGAUUUUUGUCGCGAUCAUGGGAUUGCAAUGAUAACGUUACCACCACACUGCACACAUAAAAUGCAACCACUGGAUCAAACUUUCUUUAAGCCAUUAAAAUGUAGCUACAACUCCGCAGCAGAUAACUGGAUGCGCACUCAUCCAGGCAAGCGAAUAACUCUGUAUGACAUGGCAGAAAUUUUUGUAACAGCCUAUGCAACAGUUGCUGCGGUGGAUAAAGCUGUGAAAGGAUUUGAAGUGUCUGGCAUUUUCCCAUUCAACAAAGCCAUCUUUACAGAUGAGUAUUUUAUAGCUGCACAAUUAACUGAUGAGCCAGAACCCGUGAUCACACUUGCAAUAUUGGACGACAGUGCUAGAAACGAAACAAGUGAACCUACGAAUACAAAUGAAGAAGCCGGAGAUAGCAAUGAGUCCAAUGAAAAUCAACUAGAUAAAAUAGCUGAUCAUCCUGGUUUAUCCAAAGCAUUGCAGAUUAUAUCAGAACUAAGCCCUAUUCCAAGGAUAAAGAAUGUACGCAGUCGCAAACGAAAAACCGAAGCAGCAACUGUAAUAACUUCUAGUCCUUAUAAAGCAAUGUUAAUUGAAGCAAAUGCAAAGAAGACAAAACAGAACAAGCAAGUAGUAGUUGAAAAUAAUAAUGAGGAAAAUGAUGAAGACAAAAUCGAUGUAAUCGCAGACAAAUCUAAGAGAACGAAAAGUGGAGAUGACAAAGAAACCGGGAAAAGGAAGCAAUAUGCGAGAACAAAAUCAAAAAGGACAAUCAAAAGUAACGCAUCGAAUGCUAACGUGAUAAGAAAAGGGUCAAAAGAACGAAGAUGUGUAGGUUCUGUUACUAACAGUGAUGAUACGCCAUGUUGCAUGUGUGGUAAAAGAUUUAACGAACCACCCAUUGAUGACUGGCAGCAAUGCCCAGAAUGUCUCAACUGGUACCACGACGGCUGUGGUCCUGAUGACACUGCUGUCUGCUUUCACUGCCAAUAG